AUGGCAUCGACUACCGGUGUCUCAGCACUGCCCAGGUACAUACAAUCUCAGCUAAAACUCUACACCCUCAUAUUACUUUGUUUUAUGCAAUACGCCUCCUUUUUCGAAAUCCCAAAGGCUAACUCGAGAGUCGAUCGGUGCAGCGAAGUCGCCACUGCCCCUGGUAAAGAUAAAAACCGGAGGGGCCGAGAGAGCUCGGAAAGCUCGAAUUCGAGCGCUGGUGGUGCUCUCGAAAAUAUGGUUAAUCCUGAGACCCUUGCUAAUGGAGGCGGUGAUCUUAUAACGCCCGAGAUCGCCCGUGCACUGGACAAGAAAGGAAAGGAGGGCAAAGAAGAUGACGAUAAAGGCAGUCUUCAGAUCAAGAUUCACCUUGACCUUCACGCCAAGGUCAGAUUGGAAUUGGACGCUGACCUCUAUGGAGAUAUUGUGAUUGGGCUACUGUAA